AUGACUCAGUAUAACCUUACGACAGAGCUCUCUCUCCAGAGCUCAGCAAAUAAGUCAUUAAAUUUUACUGAACCACCGCUGGCUUUGGAUGAAAGGACAUUAUUAGGACUGAAGAUAUCCCUGUCGGUCCUCCUGUCUGUCAUAACUUUGGCAACGAUCCUUGCAAACAUUUUUGUUGUUAUUACGAUUUUUUUUACUAGAAAGCUCCACACACCUGCAAAUUACCUCAUUGGCUCCUUGGCAGUAACAGAUCUUUUAGUGUCUGUCCUUGUGAUGCCCAUCAGUAUCGCUUACACUGUCACCCACACGUGGGCCUUUGGCCAAGUGCUGUGUGAUAUCUGGUUAUCAUCAGACAUCACGUGCUGCACAGCCUCAAUCCUACACCUCUGUGUGAUUGCGCUGGACAGAUACUGGGCUAUCACAGAUGCUUUGGAAUAUGCCAAACGCCGGACUGCUGGCCGAGCAAUGCUCAUGAUCGCUGUGGUUUGGAUGAUCUCCAUUAGUAUUUCUGUGCCACCGUUUUUCUGGAGGCAAGUGAAAGCUCAUGAAGAAAUCGCAAAGUGUAAUGUGAACACAGAUCAGAUUUCCUACACCAUUUAUUCCACUUGUGGAGCUUUCUACAUUCCGACUGUGCUCCUCCUAAUAUUAUACGGUAGAAUUUAUGUAGCAGCUCGAUCCAGGAUCCUGAAGCCACCCUCACUGUAUGGGAAACGAUUCACUACUGCACACCUGAUAACUGGCUCUGCUGGGUCUUCCCUCUGCUCCAUUAACGCAAGCCUUCACGAAGGGCAUUCCCAUUCUGGUGGAUCCCCAAUAUUUAUCAAUCACGUUCAAAUAAAACUUGCAGAUAGUAUUCUGGAAAGGAAAAGAAUUUCUGCUGCAAGAGAACGGAAAGCCACCAAAACUUUAGGAAUUAUUCUAGGAGCUUUCAUUUUCUGCUGGCUGCCGUUCUUUGUCAUGUCCCUCGUCCUGCCUAUCUGCCAGGACGCAUGUUGGUUUCAUCCCAUCCUGUUGGACUUUUUUACGUGGUUAGGUUACUUAAAUUCAUUAAUCAAUCCCGUCAUUUAUACAGCUUUUAAUGAAGAAUUUAAACAGGCUUUCCAAAAACUAAUACAUUUCAAAAAGUGCUCGUCUUGAUCCUCAUCUGUUGCAUUACUGAGCUUUGCACAAUCUUGCAGCCUCCCCCGA